AUGAGCCAAUCAGAGCCCGCGUCUUUCGAAGGCGGGUUCUCUUCUCCACACGGAGACAGCAGCUCACGGUCGUUACGGGUUUGGUUUUCACGUGGAUCUUUAUCUUUUAACGGCACAGCAGGAGUGAAGUGCAAUUACUUCAGAAUGGCAGUGGCCCCUGCCGCUUUGGCAGAUAGAAUUAUUGUCCUUGAUGAUGAUGAUGAAGAAGAGACUCCUCAGCCUUCCACUUCCUCAAGACGGUCUUCACAGAAGCGAUCGCCGCUCAAAUCUGAGCUACCCACUCACAUCAUACAUUCCCCGUUCGCCUCUGCCAAGAAAGAGCCAUGCAUCCUGCAGUUGGAGAACCAGAAGCUGUUUGAGGAGUUUGUAGAGCACUGCUCGGCACAAACCCAGGACUGCCCUGAAGUGAUUACUUUUCUCAAGACAAAACAUGGAAAGGCCACCUCUAGUUUUCUGUCAUCAGUGGAAUUUAGGAACUCUUUGGGACGAUGUUUAACCCGUGCUCAGGCCAAUCGCUCCAAGACAUUUGUCUACAUCAAUGAACUGUGCACAUUGCUGCGGCAACAUGGGGACAAGAAGAGACAGAGUCUCGCUAAACCCGAAGCUUCAACCCUAAAAUCGGCUUCAAAUCAGUUUUCCUCUGAUCAAGAGGUUAAAGCCGACAUGGAGGAACAGGAGAAACCGUCUACCUCAGGGAUGAACAACGACACUGAGCCAGAUAAAAAAUCUGUCAGAAAAUCAAAGAAGCAGAUUGCAUACUUGGAAAAUUUGCUCAAAGUUUACAAUGACGAGAUUCGCCGCCUUCAAGAAGCUGAAUUAAGUUUGGACGAACUCGAGACGGAGGACUCCACGUACAUCCAGGAGCACAAACUCAAACGCAAGAUGAUAAAGAUUUAUGAAAAGCUGUGUGAACUUAAGAACUGCAGCUCGUUGACGGGUCGAGUGUUGGAGCAGCGCAUCUCCUACAGCGGCUCUCGAUAUCCGGAGAUCAACAAGAGGUUGGAGAAGUUCAUCAACAGCCCAGAGGCUCGGGAGAACCCCCCUGAUUACCAAGACAUUUACCAGCAGGUCCUUCGAGCAAACGAGCGCUACAACCUGUGUUUAACUCGGAAGCGGCUGUGUGAAAUUGCCAAAGAGGCCUUUAGGGACACAGCCAGCCGCAUCCAGGACAGACGCCACCUCGACCUGGUUUACAACUUUGGCUCCCACCUCACGGACUCCUACAAACCUGCUUUUGAUCCAGCUCUGCAGGACCCAAGUUUACUAAAAAAGCUCAAGUCUAACAGAGAAGUCGCCCAAGACCGCUUGAAUGAGGUCAUUACUAAAUACGCUUCGAAACAAGAGGACAUAGAGGAGGAGGAGGAGAAGCUGAAACGCUCUGAAAAGGAGAAGUCAACUAAAGAGAGUGCGUCAAAAAAUGAUAAAAAACCUGUUGUCAAUGGGGCUAGAAAAGAUGAGGAGGAAGAGGAAGAAGAGGAAGAGGAUGAUGAAGACGAUGAGUCUUCAGAUCCAGACAUCGAAGAGGAAAUUCAGGCCAGCUCUCAGCUCGACAACGGAGCAGGAGUAAGUGAAGAAGAGGAAGAGACUAAUGAGGCGGAGCAAGCUGUGGACGACGCCGACAAAGACCAGCUGACUCAAAGUGUUUCGGAGAGCGACAAAGAAGACAUCAGUGACCUCAGCCCCAUGUCCCAACAGAGCAAGUCUCUCCUCACGCCCCUCUCCGUCUCCCCCCAAGACAGCCCCAGCCAAUCAGAGCCUGCCCCCAGCCUGGAACAGAGGCCUCUAAGCAACGGGACGGCGGAGUCCACCAUGCAGGAGGAGGAUGUUUCCAUUUUACUUGUUAAUGACAAAAACAAUAUAGACACUAAAGAAACAGUGAAUGGAGUGAACGUGACGCCGUGCAAGUCGUCCAGCACCACGAUGGAAAACGACCGGAUGACGAGAUCCCACAAGAGGAAGAGGGAGGAAAUCACAGCGGCCAAGCACAAGAAAGUCCUCCCAUCUGACGGUGACACUGAGAUCCCUCUGGACAUGGGUGUCCACGAGUCUCCGCCACGGUCUCGAGCCGAAACCCCUCCUUACGUCAGCAGCUCUCAGUCGACGCCGCCUCCAAAGAAGAACAAGGUGAAUGUAGCCACACAGUGCGACCCUCUGGAAGUCAUAGAGCUCUCGGACUCUGAGUGA